AUGGGAUCAAGUAAUGGCAAAAUUAUUAGUAGUAUGACAGGAGAGAUUUUCAAUGGAGAAGAGCAUGAUGCAACACAAAAUAAUACAACUCCACCAUCAUCGUCCUUUACUCCUACAAAUCCUUUGUCGGCCACAACAAGUCGAAGACGAACAACCAUAACAACAUUUGAUAAAGACGCUAACCGAGUGUCUAUUGUAUCCAUCCGAUAUGACAAAUCACCUAUUGCAGUUGGGGAGGAUAGAUCAGUUCUUUCCUCUGAAAAUUAUGAUCUUUCAAUGGCAAGAAUAUUCUCGUUUUUGGAUAUUACUUCACUUCUCAUGUGUGCAAGUGCGUGUAAACGAUUUCGUGAUUUGGAAAUCAAAUAUCAAGAUGUUCUUUGGCAAAAUUUGUACAAAUUUCACAAAACAAACAUGAUGUACUUUUGCACCAAUCCGUCACAAGCUCUUCAAAUGAUGGAAGAGACAAAGAAAAAACAUCAACAGAAUGAACGACAACCAGAACGAAACGAACUGGGGUUGAUUGUUAAUGAUCCUAUUUUGUUGGAGUUAAAAAAGGAUAUCAAAAAUUGGAAAGACGAAUGUCUUAAUUAUUACUUUGUGAAAAGGAAGUUUAUUUCGUCCAAGCAAGAGUAUUUUUUAAUUUCGAAAUUACAUGACCUUGUACACCACACAGAACCUCUUGCUAGACGAAAAUCUCUAUUAGGUCAGCAAUUUUCAAUUACAGAAUCUCCUAGAGAAUCUUUACUGGUACCAAGAACUAGCGAAAGCAGUGACAGCAGUGAUGAUUUUAAGUUGGAUGAAAACAUUGAUGAUGACUUUUUGAAGAAAAAGAGCCUUGAAUUUAUGAUGUACAACAAUAAUAUCAAAAACAAGAUUGAUGAAAACGAAGAGGAUGAAAAACCUUUCACCAAUUUAGCAGAAAUUGAUAACGCUAACUUAAAUAGGUGGAAAGAAGCAGAAUCUGACUCAGAUGAUGACAAUUGGAUUGAAGAUGAGAAAGAAAAAGAAGAAGAAAAAACGGAACUCGAUCUAAAAAGCCCAAAUCAAAUUCUGCAAGAAAAAAUUGGAAUAUCUAAUGACAGUGAAGACAGUGUGACAACACCUCCUCAGCUCAGACCAGAUGUUCAUCCACCUAGCUCCAUAAAACAUUUUGAAGAAACGUCAGAUGACGAAGAUUGGUUCAAAGAUGAAGAAGAGGAAACGGAAAAUAAUUCAUUAAUUGAGCCAAUAGUUAAAAAAGGAGAACGAGCGUCUCAAAUUGAGAGUCAAACAAAAUUGCAUGUCAAGAAUGAUGUUUCAGUGUUAGACAAUAAUGACAUCAAAAUUGAAAUAUCCUCCGACUCUGAUCCAAAGUCAUCAAAGAAAAACAAAGAAUCCAAUCAUGUAAAGCUGAAACUUCCAUCUUUUGACGAAGAUGUCAGCGAUGAUGAAACUCUUUUGAAAAAAGAUGCUUCAGUUUCGGAAAUUAAUUUAUCAUUUGCACACGAUCUUGACUCAGAAGGACCCAGAUCAUUUUCAUCAAAGCUGAAGACAGACAGUUUCAUUCAAGAUCCCUUCGAUGAGGACUCAACAAAAGGCUCUCAGAAGUCCAAAUCGCCAUUGAAUAUUCCUAAACUAUCAGCGAAUGAUGAUGAGUCUGAUCCCUGGUACUCUGAUGAAGAGGCAAGUCCAAAGAAACCCAUUUUCAAUCUGGAAUCAGAUACUGUUGAAGGCUUGGGAGUAAAAAAAAUUGAUGAAACAGAUUCAGAUUCAGACGAUUGGUACAGCGAAAGUGAAGAUGACAAGAAAAGUAACUUUACUUUGGGAAUGCUUAAAGACUCUGAUGACUCUCCAAAAGAGUCUCCUCCCUCUAAAAUAGGGUUAGGCUCUAAUGUACCUGCCUUCACUGGAAACCAAACAGAUACAGCGCGAAGGAUAAAGGAAGCUGAGAAUUUAACUCUGGAUGAGCUUAUUACUGAUCUCACCGAUGUGACCAAGUUGAAAGAAACCUAUUUAAAUUUGUCUAACGCUGAAACUCAGCAAUUUUAUAGUAAGCUCCUAUCAUUCCAUCAACGAACUCAAGCACUUUUUGAUAACACGCCAUUUGAAGAUACCAUGCCUGAUUCAAUGAUGAUGCCUAGUGACUGGCCCACAACUUUAUCAUUUUUCCAACAAAAGAAAGGUCAAGGUAUUGUCAUCAAACUGGUCUAUAUCGAAGACACCCAAACUCCCUAUCCGGCAAAACUUUGUAAUCCAGUUCUUAAAUUUUUUGGCUCCAAAUCUCGAGACAUGAAAAAUGUUUGCUCUGCAUUAAUUGUUGGACCGUUUCUGUUGCAAUGGAACAAAACUCAUUCUCUAAUAAUUCCCAGAAAGCUUGUUUCUGACUCUUAUUUAUAUCAAACGAGAACACAUCGUAUUGCAGAAAUAUUUAAUGUAUCAUUAGACUCCAUAAUCGAUAGUAUUGCAAAAGUGAUUGUGGAAUGGAACCUUACGAAGCUUUAUCACGACCAGCUUCAGAACUGUCAACAUUUUGUUGAAAGAAUUAUUGAUGUAUUGGGAAUUAAGAAAGUCUUAGAAUGUGAAAGAAUAGGAAAGACCAUAUUUAAUUACAAUACGAUGUUACAACGAGAAGGAAAAGGCACAAUCGAAUUCAAUUUUUCAGAGCAAGUUAAACAAGACAAAUUGUAUGCUUUUCUUGAAAAGAAAUAUGGAACGAGCAAGAUUUGUUUCGAAACGCAUCAACAACUGGAUGAAUUUAUGAGAUCAGUUAUUUCAGAAGAUCCAAAUUUUACCAUAACACAUCAUCAAGAUUACUCGUUAUUAGUAUUUUUUGAUCAACUUUUCUGGGCCAAACAUAAUUUACUUUCUUCUGAGGAAAGAUACAAGCCAUUCAGUGACGAAAAAACAACCGUUCUUUGUCCAUUUGGAUCAUUAUUGUUUGGAACAACAAAAUAA